CCUGAGCUUCCUGAUUUCUGAAGUCUGAGUGAUUUCCUCUGUGUGCCGAGAGGAAAGAGCCUUCUGCACUCACAGCCGAAGGGAAAGCAGCAGGUUGGGGCUUCUUGUGGCCAACUUCAGAGCCUGUCACCAGGAAAGGUAAGCAUGGGAGGAAGGAAGAUGGUGAGAGAUGAAGAAAAUAUCUAUGGUUUAGAAGAGACCACUUGGUCCCGGCAGGAUCCCACGCUGAGGCUCCUCCUUGUUGGGAGAACAGGGGCCGGAAAGAGCGCCACUGGGAACAGCAUCCUGGGCCAGAGACGGUUCCUCUCCAGGCUGGGGGCCACGUCUGUGACCAGGGCCUGCACCACGGCCAGCCGCAGGUGGAACAAGUACCACGUGGAAGUCGUGGACACUCCGGACAUUUUCAGCUCCGAAGUGUCUAAGACAGACACCGGCUGUGACGAGAGAGGUCGCUGCUACCUGCUCUCGGCCCCCGGGCCCCACGCGCUGCUCCUGGUGACCCAGCUGGGCCGGUUCACCGCCCAGGACCAGCAAGCGGUGAGGCAGGUGAGGGACAUGUUCGGGGAGGACGUCUUGAAAUGGACUGUCAUCGUCUUCACCAGGAAGGAGGACCUGGCUGGGGGCUCCCUGCAAGAUUACGUGUGCAGCACAGAGAACCGGGCCUUGCGCGAGCUGGUGGCCGAGUGCGGGGGCCGUGUCUGUGCCUUUGACAACCGGGCCACCGGCCGGGAGCAGGAAGCCCAGGCGGAGCAGCUGCUGGGGCUGGUGGAGGGCCUGGUGCGGGAGCACAAGGGCGCCCACUACUCCAACGAGUUGUACGAGCUGGCGCAUCUCCUGCGCUGGGCAGGCCCGGAGGAGCGGCUUCGGAGGGUGGCGGAGGGCGUGGCCGCCCGCAUGGGGAGGAGGCCAUGGGGCGCCUGGCUUCGGGCCGGGCUGUGGGCGUGGCCGAAGCCGCCCUGGAGCUGGAGGCUGGGCCUGGCACUGCUGCUGGGGGGCGCACUCCUGUUCUGCGUGCUGCUCCACAGGCGCUGGUCGGCGGCCUUUGGGGAGGUCGGGCCUGACUGACACUGCAGGUCCUAAAACUGAAGGCAACUUGGUCAAGAGAGGCUGAAUUCUUGGAGCUGAAAGGACAACUUUAUUCCAAAGGAAGGAAUCCUGUAGUUUCAGGCACAGUUUUAAUGACACAGAAAACUUUGAAUGCUGCAUCAUCUUUGCAACUUUGCCAAGGCUCAGAAUCCACUUUUUAAGUUUUUGACUCAUUUUAAAUGAUGUGUAUGCAGAGUUUUCAAUUUGUCUAACAUAACUUCCUUUGGUAGUUUUGGUAGUCUAAUGUCAAGUAGCUUCUGGUGGGGACAAAUGCGUGGCACAGGGGAAACAAGUGCCUUUAUUUUUGAACUUUUUAAAAAAUUUAGACUGCCCCACCUUGAUAAAUUUCUAGUUCAUAUACAUGAGUAGAUAUGUUCUUUUGUGAUUCUUGUAGACUGUUAGCAUCAAUAAAAGAAAUGUGGGCAUUAUACAUGUUACUGUUACUUCUGCAACAUCAGUUUAUUAGUACAAUGAUUUACUACCAAAAAGAUUAAUGUAACUGUACUGUUACAAAGCAGAAAAUAAGUUUCCACUUUUCUAGAACAUAUUAUGGUUCGUGGCAUUCCAAAAUGAAGUAGGGGCCGGGUAAGGUGGCUCACGCCUGUAAUCCCAACACUUUGGGAGGCCUAGGCAGGCGGAUCACCUGAGGUCAGGAGUUCGAGACCAGCCUGACCAACAUGGCGAAACCCCAUCUCUACUAAAAAUACAAAAAUUAGCCAGACGUGGUAGCACUCGCCUGUAAUCCCAGCCACUCAGGAGGCUGAGACGGGAGAAUCGCUUGAUGCAGUGAGCCGAGAUCGUGCCACUGCACUCCAGCUUGGAUGACAGAGCAAGAAUCUGUUUCAAAAAAAAAAGAAAGAAAGAAAGAUGGCCGGGCGCCGUGGCUCAAGCCUGUAAUCCCAGCACUUUGGGAGGCCGAGUUGGGUGGAUCACGAGGUCAGGAGAUCGAGACUGUCCUGGCUAACACGGUGAAACCCCGUCUCUACUAAAAAAUACAAAAAAAACUAGCCGGGCGAGGUGGCGGGCACCUGUAACCCCAGCUACUCGGGAGGCUGAGGCAGGAAAAUGGCGUAAACCCGGGAGGCGGAGCUUGCAGUGAGCUGAGAUCCGGCCACUGCACUUCAGCCCAGGCGACAGAGCGAGACUCUGUCUCAAAAAAAAAAAAGAAAGAAAGAAAGAAAGAAAAAAAGUAGGAUACUGGGAAAAUAACGUAUAAUAUCUCCUAUAUGGUUAUUCAUAUUUUUGUCACACACACACACACACACACACACACACACACACACACACACACACACACAGAGUCUGUAUCUCCAGCUCCACUCUGGUUAUGGAGAAGAGGCAGAGCGCCAGGUGCAUAGGCUGAGACUGCAGACACCUGACCAUCCUAUUACUGUGAGGCAAAAGCAUCCGGUAUUUUUCGGGAUGGGCCUGUCCAGGAAGGUUCUUGAAUGCCAGAUGAUUAGAAAAUGUGACGCUGACUGGUUGUGCGAAUCAAACAAUAGGAUUUCCUUAUUUCUACUUCUGAGCAUAAUGAGAACCCUUUAAGGGAACUCAUUGUCUUUAAAUCAGCCAACCUCUAGUGAGAUCAUGGAGACACAGGAAGCAGGUAUUCACAUUAGCCCCAAUCAAGGGGAAGAGGAGGAGGAAGGGAGUGUGCGCAGGCGCCCUAGGGUCUUCCCAGCACACGUUGGGAAGGAGGGGUCUGCAAGCAUGCGCACAAAUGCCAGGUCAAGCUAAGGACUGCAGGAGGUUCCAGGUGGGCUGCAGGCUUCGGGCAGGCUAUGGUCAGGGGUCCUGAGGGCCUUGGUGACGUUGCAGGGAGUUGGACUUUUUGAAGCGUGGCUCAAGUAAAACCCAUGUUUAAUUCCUGCCUUUCGCUUCCUCAGCAGCCAUACUGGGCCAUUGCAGGGUCCUCGAGCCAGGGAGGGAUUCCUUUGAUGAUCGGAGGGGGCAGCAGGGAGGGCACAGUGUGGUCGUCCAUGGCCACUUGCGCACGAGCCAGUGCUGCUGGUGGUGGUAGAGAACAACUUUUAUCAAAGUGGUAGAGAACAACAGCAGCAACAAACGUAUUGCUCUUUGUGGAGCAGGGCUGCCCCAUAGGCAGUGUGCCCAGAGUAGCAGCUCGGAAGCAGUUCUGCAAUCAUAUUUAUACCCACUUUCAAUGAUAUGCAAAUUAAGGGGUGGAUUAUGCCAAAAUUUCUUUAAAAAAAAAAAGUGAUAACUUCCAGGUCAUGAGAUUGUUGCCAUGGAAAGGAGCCAUAACUUCCAGGUGUUGCCUUAGCAAUGGUAACCUGACGUGGCACCGGUGAGUGUGUUUUAUGGAGAGACUCCAUAAAACCUCUUCCCUUUCAGCUCAUCUUCAGUGUGGUCUGGAGCCCAAUCCCCACCUCCGGAGUCGAGUCCUGCCUCCUCUCAGUAAUAAAAAGUAGUAGUAUAUGGUUAAUUGUCAAAUACAUUUGCAAAGUGUAAUCAAAGAUACAUUACCAAUCUGAAUCUCAAAAUGUGCUAUCAUCUUUGAAUUUGAAUAAUAUGUUAUUAAAGAAGUUACGGUUUUCCUUUACAUUCAA